AUGUACACGGCCGGCCCCGGCCCAGCAUCCCCGGGCAGGGCCCCGGGGCAGGGUCCCUUCUCCAACGCGAAAGACGACUAUGUUCCCCUUGCUGACGUUGCAGAGAUCCUGGCUGAGGGCUUCCCACUGGAACGAGGCCUCCAAGUGCUGAAAAGGCAGCCCGAGGCCUGUGCCCUGUUUGAGAGCCCAAGUCACCUAGAAGAGCUAGCACUGCCGGAGGACAACAAAAAGAAUGUCCUGGUCCUUAAAAAUCCAAGCAGCGGGGGCAUUGUGUACUUGAUUGGGACCACACAUGAGUCCCUUAUCAGCGCCACUGACGUCAGGAUGCUCAUCGAAGCUGUCCGGCCGGACGUCGUGGCCGUAGAGCUUGACCUCGACCGGAUUGCUGGAUAUGCUGCCCCCUCCCUUCCGGAAAGCGCAAGCUCUGACUUGACCAAGCCACUGGAGAUCGAAGGUGGGGACUGCGGCGACAUGGAGUCUGCAAUUAUAACCGCUCAGCGCUUGGAUAUUAAGGUCGCUUUGAUUGACCAGCACUAUCGUUUCCAAGAUCCUGAUUUGGAAAGCAUCAGAAAGCGAGUGGAAGCUAGGAUCCUUCAAGGGAUGCCAGAAUCAGAGAAGAAGGAACUGGUGGAACUCACCAAGGAGCACGAGAAGGUUCGCGAUCGGGACCCCUUUGUAUGGGAGUUCCUCUACGCCGCAUGCAGUUGGGUAGAGCAACUACCCAAACAACCCAAGAGGGCUUUCUUCAGAAUAUGUUCAGCCUUCCUUGAAGGUCGAUCGAUGCCCCUGCCAGCAGACGUUGCGGAGUUCCGGUCGCACAUCUUUGAAUGUGGCGAGAGUUACCGAGCGAGGCUCUUCAGAAGCUCGGCACCACGCGCUAAGCUCGCACCAAGAGACGACUUGAUGGCUCUCGCACUAUGGAUGGGCGAACUGAUGGAGCAAAGGUGGCCUCUAAACCUUCGCCAGAUUGCAGAUUUGGUGGCCUUUGGGGCAGCUGUUGGGAUCGCCUACAAAAGGUAUCCACAUGUAGUUCUCAAGCUUGGAGCUGGGGCUCUGCUGACGUUCGUCUUGCUUCAGUUGGCCCUCGCAACGCUGACCGCCAAGUGGGUUCAGUUCGGUCUGUACUUGGAUGAGGCGGCACGACUUCAAGAGGUCGGUUCGACUCCAAGAACUUGA